AAGUCUAUUUUGGCAAAGGAAACCAGCGAUUCUUCCAUAUAUAGGUCCCUAACAUUCAGUUGAAGCAGAGGAGGAAGAUUUCUGAAGAGCACAGCACCCUGAACGGGCAGCCUUUCAGAACAGCUGAGACGUGAUCAACACUCAUGAGUGCGACCACAAAGAACUCCUUGGAGAGCAGCUUACGGCAACUAAAAUGCCAUUUCACCUGGAACUUGGUAGACGGAGAAAAUUCCUUCGAUGAUUUUGAAGACAGAGUGUGUAACCAGAUUGAGUUUCAGAACAGCGAAUUCAGAGUCACAAUGUGCAACCUACUGGCCUACAUAAAACACCGCAGAGGCCAGCAUGAGGCAGCCCUGCGAUGCCUACGGCAAGCUGAGGAGUUCAUCCAGCGAGAGCACGCUGACCAGGUGGAGAUCAGAAGCCUGGUCACCUGGGGAAACUAUGCCUGGGUCUACUACCACCUGGGAAGAUUCUCAGAAGCUCAGGUGUAUGUAGACAAGGUGAAACAAGUAUGCCAGAAGUUUUCCAGCCCCUACAGAAUUGAGAGUCCUGAGAUGGAUUGUGAAGAAGGGUGGACACGGUUAAAGUGUGGAGGAAACCAAAAUGAAAGGGCCAAGGUGUGUUUUGAGAAGGCUCUGGAAAAGAACCCCAAGAACCCAGAAUUCACCUCUGGACUGGCCAUCGCUAGCUACUGUCUAGAUAACUGGCCACUGUCUCAGAAUCCCGUUGACCCUCUAAGGCAAGCCAUCCAGCUGAAUCCUGACAACCAGUAUGUCAAGGUCCUCCUGGCUCUGAAACUUCAAAAGAUGAACGAAGAAGGUGAAGGAGAGAGGUUAGUUGAAGAAGCUUUGGAGAAAGCCCCAGCGGCAACAGACGUGCUUUGCGGGGCAGCAAAGCUGUAUCGGAGAAAAGGUGACCUGGACCAAGCUAUUGAACUCCUGAGAAAGGCUCUAAAAUACAUGCCAGACAAUACCUACCUACAUUACCAUAUUGGGUGCUACUAUAGGGCCAAAGUCCUCGAGGUAGAGAAAAUGUGUGGGGAAAGAGAGAAGUUACAGGAGCUAGUAGGACAUGCCCUAGAUCAUUUAAAGAGAGCUGAAGAGAGCAAUGGAAAUUUCUCCCAUAUCUGCUCCUAUAUCGCCUGCCUCCAUUCACAAGCCGGUCAGUAUGAAAAAGCAGAGUAUUACUUUCAAAAAGAAUUCAGGAAAGAGCUUCCUCCUUUAACCAAACAAGUGUUCCAUCUACGAUAUGGCAACUUUCAGCUGUAUCAAAUGAAGUGUGAAGACAAGGCCAUCCACCACUUUAUAGAGGGUGUGAAAAUAAACCAGGAAUCAAAGGCGAGAGAAAAAAUGAAAAACAAACUGCAAAAAUUUGCCAAAAUCAAGCUCUCAAAAAAUGGAGCAGAUCUUAAAGCUUUGCAUCUCUUGGCGUUUCUUCAGGAGCUGAAUGGAGAAAUGCAGCCAGCAGAAGAAAACUCUAAGAGGGGUUUAGACUCUGGAAACCUCAUGCCUUUAGCAUCUUUAGCUGAGGAAUGAGGAAUCAGAAUGUGGUGCCCAUAGGGCUACUGGUGGGAGGGAGCUGAAACCCCUCCACCAAGUUGGUGUUCAAAAUAUUUAACCAACUAGUACAGCAUAGGCAUGGACUUAGACCCUUGCCGCAGUACUGGAUCAGGGUUAGGAAGUCUGCUGGGCAAGUGUUAACCCUUGAACUGCUCAGGGAGUUCUGGGAUGGGGACUAGAGUGGGGGUAGGUCCUGGGGCUCAGUAAAGAGGCUGUUUCCCGAUUGACCUCUUGGGAGCAGUUAGCACUGUGACAUUCCCUCUGUGGGGUGAUAUCUUGGAUUUGUUUCUAUGUUUCUAUCAAACAGUCAGAUACCUCACACCUGUAACACUGUGGUUCCUUUUAGCAGUGUUUUUCCAUCCUUGGAGUCAUUUUAGAUCCUGUACAGGUUGGCCCUGUGAUAUAGUUCAGUGCAGGCUGCCCCAAAAUAUGCCAAAGUGGCAUAUUGAUUAUUUUGAAUUUGUUACUUGAGAAAACAGCCAAUGAGAGUAGAACACUCUGACACUCCUCUGAAUGCAGGAAAUAAAUCUCCCUUGUGAAAGCUACCCUCACUGCACCAAGAGGCAGAGAGACAUCCUUGUCACCAGAGAUAGGGAAUUGAGGGCUGAGAAGGCUAUGUAAACCAGAUCUACCUAGACGCGCCACUAUUUAGUGCCCAAGCCCAAGCUUCUUUUCCUUGUCAGUUCCUCACAAAUUUUUUAUUUCUUUGUCUAAAAGGUAUAAAAGCUACCUGCUUUGGUCACUUCUUAGGCUGUAUCUAUGAGACCUCUGUAGGUAUGAAAUUAACUUAGAUUUUCUCCUGUUAAUUUGUCUUGUGUCAAUUUAGUAAUUAGAUUAGCCAGAAGAACCCCGAAUGGUAAGAGGAAAUUUCCACUCCUGGACACCCUGCAUAGACACGAAUGUGCUGUGUCCAUCUCAAGGCUGGGGGACCAAAGCCUAGAGAGGGCUAGGUGUCCUCUCUCUCUCUCUCCCUUCUGCCUUCUUCCCCCUCUUCCCCAGACAAGCCUCAGUCUAGGACUGUCUGUACUAACUCUAUACAACGAGUUCAAUUGUCCCAUUAACUGAAGGAGUUUUAAAAAAAAAGAGAACAAGAACAGGUCAAAUCUAGAAGGAAUAUAUCUAGAAGAAAUGGGGUGAUACAACCACAAUACAAGAGUUUCAGGAGGCACAAGGGGAGAUUUCGCCUCCUAUCUGCCCUCCCUGUAAUCAUAACACAGCAUGUGAAGGAUAAAAAAAGUAGAUUCUGUACAACAUGCUAGAAACCAAAAUAAUACUUUUCUUUAAAAUUUAUAUGCAAAAAUGUCUUACCAGUAGGGAUAGGGAAAGAGUAGGCAAAAGAGAAGGAGAGAAGAAUGCUGGCUUGUCAUUGUAGGUUAUAAUCAUAUAGAGAAAAUUUCAUUUUCUUAGCUACUAUUGGGAAAAUUUCUUUAUAACACAAAGACUUGCUUUAAUCAAAAAUGCUUUGAUGAACCCAGGUUCAAGAUAAUAGGAAAGCGGCCAGACAGAGGAAUUAUUUGGUGGUUAAGGACCUAGUGAAAAGUCUUGGGAAAUGGCAUCAGUAAUGAGGUCUUUCCCCCAUUAGAAAUACUGUGUAUUAGGUGAUAUAGAACUUCAUUUAGCCCUGAAAAUCUUCAGGGAAACCACUAAAGUCAUGGUAUGCUUGGGCAAUUGGGAUUUUCUAGGUAAAUACUGAAUGACCAGGGACAGACAUCAAUAUUGGUGUGAACCAAAAUAGUCAGCUGACCCAGCAUGAGACCAUCAGUCACCCUCUGGGCUGCAAAAUGAUUGCCUGUGGAAUUAAUUUACAUUUAAAUGGUGGUUAUCAAGGGCUGGGGUGGGGGGGGAUAGGAGAGAUGUUUAAGGGUAUAAACUUUCAACCGGUAGAUAAGUCUUGCAGGUUUAAUGCACAGUAUAGUGAAUAUUUUUUGUAUUA